GGGCCCCGCCCACCAGAGCCGCGCGCCACCAUCCAAACAGCCGCCGCGCGAGCCAGGGGGAGGGGCCUGCGCGGGGAGAGGGCGCAGCGCCCAGCCGGGCAGGCGUGGUGGGAAAUGGCGCGCAGGCUGGAGAGGGGGGGCUGAGGCGAGGGGCGGCGGGGAGGCCCGGGGAGCCAGAGGAGGAGCCGGGUAGGUCCGAGGCAAGAGGUGGCGGUGGAGACAUAUAUUGGGGACAUUUUGAUUGCGAUGAACCCGUUCCAGAGCCUGCCACUGUAUGAGAAACCAGUAUCCGAGAAAUAUCAGAACUAUGACAAGGGCACCCUGCCCCCCCAUAUCUUUGCCAUUGCUGACAGAGCAUACCAGGCCAUGCUGGGACGUCUGGCAACAGGACCUCAGAACCAGUGUAUUGUUAUCAGUGGGGAGAGCGGUGCAGGGAAAACAGAGAGUACAAAGCUGCUGCUGCAACACAUCAUGCAUCUGUGCAAGGGCAACUCUCAACUGGAACAGCAGAUCCUGCAGGUGAGUCACUGAAGGAGAAUGCCCCUGGAUAGAUGUAGGGACAGCCACAGAGCAACUCACAUUUGGCUCAGGGGGUUCUGCAGAUGACUCACUGGAAGUGGCAAAAGCACAGAGUAAAGGCAAAUCUGGCAAAAGUAUAAAUCCAACACUAGAAUGCUAACCAUGUAGAUAAGACACAUGGAUUCAUUAAAUAUUUGUCAAAAAGCAGGAUGAUAUACUGAUUACUGAAAUAAUUUAUAUUGUCGGUAAUUAAGGAGGAUGUUAAACAGCAUCUUUUCAAGUAAAACACUUACAUCUUAAGUGAUCCUGUUGAGUUAUAUCUAAGAAUCUUUAAAAAAUCAGCUACAAUGUUCUCUGAACCAUUAAUAGAGUAUUGGGAAUAGUUUAGUCCAGUGGACUAGAAAAUAGCCAAUGUUGUGCCAAUUAUUAAAAAUAAUUAGCAGUAUGUCUCUUGUCACAGGCUGGUUAGCCUGAUGUUGAUCCCCGUCAAAGUCAUGAAAAGGCUGAUAUGGGGUUAUCAAGGCUGAUUCCCCACUCUGGCACAAUGAAUGUAGAAAUGGGGGCCUGCAAAAGUACUCUAAAACCUUGUCUCUCCAGGCUUUAGUAUAAAACUUCCCCCCAAAAUCCUAAAAACCUAGAUUUUGGGGUUAAAAAUCCACUGCCCUUAUCAAGGAGGAGGUAUAGCUCAGUGGUUUGAGCAUUGGCCUGCUAAAACCCAGCGUUGUGAGUUCAAACCUUGAGGAGGCCAUUUAGGAAUCUGGGGCAAAA